AUGUGCCAAACAACCAGAAGAAGAAGAAGAAGUACAAAAUCUCUGUGUUUGGUUUUCGUGGAGCAAUAUUUCGGUGAAUUUUGCGGUGUUGUGCAUUAAAAGUCGGCAUAGAGUUUGUGAAAAAGUGAAGAUAAGCUUCAGUGCUACGACAAUCAAGUGUUAGAUUGGUGGGAAUUUGAGAUUUUGGCUCAUUUUCCGGCUGCCCAAGAAUCCUGUGAACUCUGUCCACAACAGUGGCGUGAUGCCCCCCAAUUGAAGGGCUUUUUUUUAUUGUGACACUAUCCGGACACCUGCCUCUCACCCACUCACUGAAGCCCCAUGAUCCCCCGCAUCAGCUGGACAGAACGCGUGGCCAGGGUGUGAGCAUAGUGAGAUAUUCCAGGAGAUUAUGAGCUUAGGAGAGUCCAGUCGGCCGAAAUUCUUGAAACCUGAUGACGAGUCCUUUGCGUCAGAACGAGACGCCCUUCCAUCCGAUGAUCAGGUGACCACAUUCGUCUUCAACGCACAUCACAAUUUGAACUUAGCCGAGCAGAGGGAGCGUCUUCCGAUUUACAGAUAUCGCAAUCACAUCCUUCACUGUCUGGAGAACUAUCAGACACUCGUGUUGGUGGGUGAAACUGGAAGUGGAAAAAGUACUCAAGUGCCACAGUACUUGUUUGAACAGGGAUGGCAUGCGAAGGGAUUGAUUGGCGUUACGGAGCCACGGAGGAUUUCUGCGCUGACUCUGGCGGAACGGGUGGCUCAGGAGCGUGGAGAACUGACUGGGGAGUCAGUGGGAGUGUCAGUGAGAUUUAUAGAGAAAGUGUCUCCAAUCACGAGGAUUAAAUAUAUGACGGAAGGAAUCUUACUUAACGAAUUGCUAGCAGAUCCUCUGCUAACGCAAUACCACGUCAUCAUGAUUGACGAAGCGCACGAGAGGAAUACGCUGACGGACUCCCUGAUGGGUUUGUUGAAGAAAAUCAUGACCAAGAGAGAAGAUCUGCGAGUGAUAAUCGCAUCAGCAACGAUCGAUGCUGAACUUUUUAGGGAUUUCUUCAACAAAAAGCGCAAGAAGAGUGAUCGCGAUACUGCAGUUAUCCUUAGCGUUGAAGGUCGUCUCCAUCCUGUUGAUGUAUUCUACCUCAGGGAACCAUGUGCUGACUAUGUGCAAGCUACCGUAGACACUUGCCUGAAGAUCCACAGGAAGGAGCCUCGUGGAGACAUUCUGGCUUUUCUAACGGGCCAGGAGGAGGUUUUGCGCGCCGUAAAUUUGUUGAAGGAGCAUCAAGACACUGCCGACAUGGAUGACAUUCAGGUGCUCCCGAUGUACGGCACUCUACCCAAUUCUGACCAGCUCAAAGUUUUCUUUGCGCCACCGAGAGGAGUCAGGAAGAUCGUUAUUGCUACCAACAUUGCAGAGACGUCCAUUACAAUUCCUGGAAUUGUUUACGUGAUUGACUGUGGCUUUGUGAAGCUGAGGUGGUUUACACCGGAGAGUCGGAUGGAUUCAUUGGUUGUGGUGCCCGUGAGUCGAGCUGCUGCAGAACAGCGAGCAGGUCGAGCUGGACGCGUGAGGAGUGGUAAAGUUUACCGGCUCUACCGCGAUGAAGAUUUCAAGGAACUGCCGGAAAAUACUCCGCCAGAAAUGAGACGAACUAAUCUCUGUUCCACGAUUCUGCAUCUCAAAGCUCUGGGGAUUGACAAUGUUCUACGGUUUGAUUUUCCUUCGCCGCCACCAGCAAAGAACCUACAUGCUGCCUUGGAAACUUUGUACGCACUUGGAGCACUGGAUGACGAUGGGAAUCUAACGAGACCGGUUGGAUAUUCCUUGGCUGAAAUGCCUAUUGACCCUAUGAUGGGGAAAAUGCUCUAUGUGGCCAGUGAAAUGGGUUGCACGGAAGAAAUCCUCACAAUCAUAGCUAUGCUUCAGGUUCAGUCGGUUUUUUCCAAGCCUGUAUCUGGCCAAGGACAGAUCAAGGCUCGAGUGGCCAAGAGAGAUUUUGAAGUGGCUGAAGGAGAUCUCAUAACACUCCUCAAUGUCUUCAGUGCCUUUGUGGAAGAAGGCAGAACUAAGGAUUUCUGUGGCAGGCACUACGUAAUUUACCGUAACCUAAAGCGGGCCUAUGAGAUCCGUUGUCAGCUGGAGUCUCAUGUAAGGAACAAGAUUGGAUUACCGAUGAUCUCGUGUCAGGGAAAUGUUGAGACCCUAUGUCGCUGCAUUGUUGCUGGAUUCUUCCCCAAUGCUGCCUAUCUGCAUCAUUCCGGAGAAUAUCGGAGUGUCAGGGGGAAUACCGAGCUCCAUCUCCAUCCACAAUCAACGCUGUACACUCUUCAACCGCCCAAAUGGGUGGUUUUCUGUGAACUUAUGCACACCACAAAGCUCUUCAUGAAGGAAAUUACAGUCAUAAAAGAUGAAUGGCUGCUGGAACUGGCUCCACAUUACUAUCACAAAACCACUGUCAGGGACUCCGAUGAUUGAUUAGAGCCGGAUUUUGGUGAACAAUAAAGAUGAUUUUUUGAUUGUGAAUUUGGAA